UGUUAAGACUCUAUAACAGCAGACAGGUUGUGAUUCAUUUAAAUAGUUAUUUUAGGAAUUGUAGUGUUUUGAUGGAAUAUUUGACGAAUUUAGUGAUUUAAGUGACUGUUUCGGAAGUAGUCGUAAAUAGCAAGUCGUUGCAGUUGAAGGAUUAUGAAAUUCUAAGAAGCGAAAAAAAAGGCCAAUCAGAAAAAUCAUGAGAUCUACACCAGCGACAACGCUUGUGCUCAUCACUGCCAUCAUCCUGGGAGCUCUGCUUCAAACCCAUGGGCAGGACAAUGUCCAAACCCGGGUGGCCCCUGCGCUGCUGGAGUGCUACCAAAAUCCAGUACUCUUCGAACGCGACAAUCGCCUUCCGAUGACGAUGAACAUGCUGAUCGAGUUGAUCCGGAAGGUGGAAGAUUCCCCCGAAUUCAACCAGGACAUGCGCCAGUUGUCCAUCGCACUGUUGCACCGGUUCCGUCAGGACGGUAUUGUAAGGGCUUCCGGAGUUCAGAACAUUCCCGGAGUGCUACCGUUCAGUCCCGUUGGCUUCCACUUUACCAAGCAUAGGAUUCUAUUUUCCCGGCUUCUGCCGGGCAAUGCUCAAACCUUCCCGAAUGCCACAUUGACCGCGCAGGAAAGGUGCUCUCUUCACUUUAUGUUGUCCAGCUCGAUCGAUACGAUGGUGCGUGGUGAUGAGAACAUCCGCUGCACUCAGCUUUCUCAAUACCGUGCUGCUCGGGUGCCACGGGAAAUCGACUUCAAGGAUAGGAACAAGCUCCUUUCCAACUAUCUCGGCGAUAUCGAAGUGCUCAACCAACCGGAGAUGAAUCAGAUAAAGAAGCAGAUAAAGAAGAUGAAGCAGUCGGCUAGACUGGAGAUGGAUCCGGACGAGGAACAAAUGGAAGAAGACGAGCCGGAAGCGGCAGCUGCCGCCGCCGAAGAAGAGGAAGCUCCCGUCGAAAGUCAAGAUGAAGUAGAGGGAGACCCCGCUGAACAGGAGUUCGUAGAUGAUGCUAGCUUAGUGGACAUUGCUACGAAUGCGAUCAGUGCCUGUCCGGUCGAAAAUGGAGUCGUCUAUACACAGUGGGGAACGCUUUCCGCUGGUACAGUGAUCGCCGGUAUCGCUGCUGGUCUUGAACCACAGACAGUUCAGCUACGUGACCUAAUGCCACCAAGAAGCGCUCAGUUCCGAGCUCGUCAGCAGGUUCAACCAAUGCGUGUGGAUAACCGAUGGGCUGCCACCUUAUCCGGUGAUCUGGCCGAAGUCACCCUUUUGCAUGCUCCUUCUCAACCGGCAAACAUCCAGGUCGGAGCAGCCGGAGCAUGGAAUCAAACCGUGGCACCUCGGUGGUUCUUCCUAAGCCAACGAACAUCCCUGGAGAUGACCGAUGCAGAGAUUCGUGCUGGAAUCGAUGGUCUUGCCCUGGCCACAAAUAUCAUUGAGUGGAGAAAUCGUGCCAACAUGCUCCGACUCAGUCAGGUGCUGGACAUGUACUACUCCCAGCGUGGAGUGUUCAACCAGCAGAUGCGAUCGUGCAACAGGAGGGAUCUGUUCACUACGGUGGCUCCUAUCCAGGCGAUGCGGGAUCAAGCCGUGGCGUUCAGCAACAUUCUGGACAAGGAGAUGCAGAUGGCGUUCACCGUGACCCAACAGGCAAUUGUGCAGUUUUCGGGAGGAGCUGCCGAUGCACUGGCGAACUAUGUCCCGACCUCUCUGAAUGACUUGUCUUGCGCAGCCACUGCCAUCACACCAACAGACCCAACGAUCUGGAGAUCCGCAGCUGAUCUAUUCAUUUUUGUCGACACAGCUUGGUCGUUCAGAGACAUUCACUCGGUAGUUGCCCAUCUUUUGGACAAUUUAGAUGUCGGUCGUUUUGGUACCACUUACACCAUCCUGAACGCAUUCAACGGAGAAGUGCUGGUCAACUCCACACAAUUCCUAGCUGAUUUCCAUUCGACGUACACCGUGGAUCUUCAUGUUGCUCAACCGAUUGGGCUGAAUCUGCCAACCGUGCUGAGGAGCCUCCGCGAGCAGAUAACUCCAAUUAUGAUGGCCGAACGGCAGAACAACAGCAUGAGCGGUCGAUCGAAGAUCGGUCUCAUCAUCCCAAAUACGGCAGCCGUCAGCGAAGGGGACUCCAACUUUGCCGUCGAACGUCUGCAUAUCCUACGUGAGGAAGUACCGGACCUGCGGUUGCUGUUCUUCGCCGGUGGCACUCCUACCCGGUUCAAUCGAUUCGUUCGUGAAGAAAGUCGUGACAUCUUUCAAAUGCGUGAAGUGGGAACGGGAGCCAUUAUCGAUGCUGUCAACGUUCAGACGACUCCGGUUAUUCGACGCAUCCAACAGGAACCGAGACGGAUUGUCAAUCCUCGCUGUGGACACGAUUGGAUCCAAACCACUUGGGGUUCGAACUCGUUCAAUCAGUACGUGGAACCGAGGGGAAUCGUAUUUUACCGGUUGCAACCGAACUACUUUUUCCAUCAGGCUGAGAACCGACGGCUGCGGAUUCAGGGACAUGGCUUCGCCACAAUUACCAUCUGUCACUCCCGCUGGGUUCAACUGCCAAGAAUCAACACCACCCAGAACAACGAUGCGGUCAACUGCCGUGUGGUCAAUGCCGAAAUGGUCGACAUCGAUCUGUCCAACGCUUGCGAUGGUCAUUCAGUGAUCCAUACCUGCCCACCAGUGUUCUUCUCCGUCGAGCAUACCCAGCAAACCGAGGUGACCAAUUUGCGGUGCACGGAGAGGGAAUGUCGCUUCCCGGACAAUGCACGAUUUGCCGUGGUGGUUGACAAUCUGGGUUGCUUCAGCAGUGCCGGCAAGUUCUUCAGCUCGUUGACAUUGCUGAUGCUGGCACUGGUCAGUGUGUUUUUUAGACAGUAAAUAAAUGUAGACGUGUUAAAACCGAUUUAGCUAUUUAAGCACAGUAAAUCAUCUUAGAGAUAACAUGUAAUGACAAAACUGAAUGUGUUUCAUCAACAUUGACGUAUUUUAGGAUAUAAUGUAAAAUGUAAUUACAAAGAAUCAGAAAAUAAAUAGAUAACUUAAGGUCA